UUAAGGAAAAUAAAUGUUGUAAACUAAAUUUAUUUUUAAAAUAUUUAUCUUCUCGAAAAAUAAGAAAGCGUUGCACUAAUUUUCAAAUUUUUUGCGCUUUUCCAAAAAUUAAAAAGUAAAUAAUAAAUAAAUGAACCAAAACAAUGUGACCGAAUAUCACGUGACCUUAUGGAGACAGACGAGAAAACUCUUAGAAAAAUUAAAUCUCAACUGUGAAAUUAAUUUAUAUAUAAAGAAAUACUUAUAUUCUCCAACAACGAAAAAGUAUUAUAAAAAUAAAACCUCCAUUCGCCUCUGAAUAAAAAUGUGGAAACCAGACGAUAACGGAGCGUCACGUGACCCUAGUCGAGGCAGACGACAGAAAUUUACAGACGAUCGAAUCUCGGUUCUUGUAUGCAGAACACUUACAUCUGGCACAUUUGUAGCAUACACACAAUCCUUGAUAUAUCCAAAAAGAAAAAGUUCAAAGAUACAAUAUCGUGUGAUUGGGCAGACCAAGAAAUCGGGCCCCAGCAAUCCAGAUCACGUAGCAUCAGAGCUUCAAAUUGACACUGUGUGGCAGCAGUGGCCCUUUCAAGGGUACAUGUGUGAAACUUGGAGUAUGAACCAACAUAUCCGAACAAAUGGAUUUUACAGAAUAGUUUAAAACUAGAGACACUCGAGGGAAGCAUUCUGUACUGUUGGAUUCCCCCAUGGAUGUAAAUCAUUAUUACCUCCGUCAACAUCUCUAGCAAUGCAGUCGUUCAACUCUCACAAACCUUCCACUCGGACGAUGGCUCCGAUAUCACCGCUUCAAGUUGCCCAUCAGCCAAGCGCCGUGAUGUCUCCGUACAAUAAUCCUAUGCUCAAUUCUCAUCAGACAUCAAGUUUUGCUGCAGCUCUUCGGAAAUUAGCCAAACAGGCAGGAGAACCCCCUUCUACGGAAAAUGGUCUUCUCUCGACAAAUUCCGUUGUAAAUCAAACUGCCGUAAUGCCUCAAAUGUACUUAAACAGUCAGCAAGGUACUUUUUCUAACAACUCUUCUUCUUCUGUCACUUCCACUUCACUUCCGUACCAUAAUGGAGGAAGCAAAAAGGGAAUAGAUUCGUCUGCAUUUUCUCUAGCUACAACAAACAACAAUCAGUUGCCAGAUUCAUUAAGAGGAAAGUAUGGUUCAUUUAAUCACCCGUUGUAUUCGGGAAAAUGGGAAGAACGCUAUAUUGGGACCAAAGAAUUAACGUCAUCUGCUCACAUUAUGACGUCGAUGUCUGUACCUUCGUCUUCGUCGACGACGACGACUGAGAAUGCUUCUUCGGGGAGAGGGUUUCAACCAUAUAGGUUAAUGGAAGAGAGACAACAUAUCUCUUCGCAGUUUUCAUUAUAUGACACUCCAUAUGCAUAUCCUACAAAUUUUAUAUCGUCGCCACAAGUCUCUUCUCAUACUUACAGGUUAGAAGAUGCAUUUUAUUUAGAAAGAUAUGGUCUUCUGAGAACACCGAUGAUGCACUUUCCUUCGGCACCGAACCUCAUUCCUCAUCCUCACACGGCAUUUUAUCACACCGGUACUUAUCCUUCAGAAUUAAUCACUCCGCAUAUGGGACUUUCGUCUCCUAAUGUUUUACUCGAACAAGAAAGAUUGAAAAGAGAACAAAGAUUAUGGGCAGAAACUAAAGAUUAUUCAAAGCCUAAAGAACAAGAAUUAGAUAAAAUGAAAAUUUCCAGAGUAGAAAACAAUUCUUCUCCUAUAUCUUUCUCAAAAGAAUUGUCAGAUAAAAGAAGAGAUUUGAAUACAAACGACAGUCUUCAAAAUCAGGAAUGUAAAUCUUCUAUGUCGUCUGGAAGCCAUACUGCCUUAUUGAAUUUGACAGUUCGGCCGAAAUUGGAAAGCGAACAAAAUACUAGUCACUUCGGUUAUUCGGAUAUUUCAAAUUUCAAAAAAGUAGAAAAUAACUAUCCAGAACAACUAGAGAACAAAGUUACUGACUUGUCCGGCGACAGCAUUAAUUUAUCGCAAUACAAAAAGGUUAAGAAUGCAAAACAGGUCUUAAAUAACAACACUAAUAGUUCUAAUUUUGCAGUUUUCGAUAAAAAUGGCUUCAGUACACCUUAUCAAAAAAAUUAUCAUGACACCUUAAAUUUUGAUAAAGAGUAUAAUUCACAAGACAAAUUACAAGCAGAUGAACAAAUACACGAUUUGAGUAAAGAUGUGAACUCAAAUAGUUUAGAGAAGAAGGCGCAACCUUUGGAAUUGACAAAUUUUGCAAAAAGAAUGGAAACUCCUCUAACAAACUGUGUACAAAAUACAGACAAUUAUCAAUUACAUGAACAACCUUCUAGGAUUAUAAGUAAAUUGGAUUUGGAGGAAUGGAAAAUGAAGAAUAAGAAUUACGAUUAUAGUGAUGAAGAUAGUGACAUCGAAGAAGGGAAAAAAUACAACUUUUUACAUAUUAUUCUAAAAGGGCCACCACUUCCUCUUGAUUUUUCACCAAAGAAACUAAAAUUCCUAAAACAGUUCAACCUCAUAAUGGAACAAAAGAAAAGAGAAAUCGAAUUGGAAAAAUUCAUUUCUCGUAGGGAAAGACUAAGAGAGACGGUGACGAGUCCCUCAGUUGAAGUGGAAACGGAGGCGGAACAGCCUAAGAACAAGACGUCGUACUGUAAUUAUUUUGUGCCAAUCCUGGUCGACAAGACGACUUUUAUGAAGGUCAUUAAUCUCUAUCCCGUAGCAGAUGUAGCCAUCGCGCAUGGAGUACAAAAGUCGGAGAAAAUGCCUUCGGAUGAAGUGGUCGUGCAAAAUGGCUUGAAAAGUUAUCCUUUUGACGCAGACAGAUAUCCUAAUGUAUAUAGCGAAAGUACUCUUGGAGUAGUCCCACUAGUUCAUUCCGCUCACCUGUACAAAGAUUACUUUAGAAGAUCGGGAAAAGACACGUCGUGUUCGGCCCUUGCUAGCAGAAACCAUUCCAUAAAUGGAUCCGUAAAGCAGUCUCCACUGUCGAGGUGUUCGAAAAGGCACUGUUAUUCAAAGCUGUGGAUCCCAAAACAUAAGAAACAGAAGUUAAAAACAAACGAAACACUAUCUGUUAAAUCUCUCGAUUAUCCAUCAGACGCUUGCAGAAAAGAAGGAGGAGAAAAAGACAAAAUGGGGAUCAGCCAUGACACGAAGGAGACACCGCAUACCUCUGUUGUUGGUUACCAAUGGCCAGGCAUCGAAAUGGUAAUGGAAUCAUACAGACAUUAUGUCACAGAAAGGAAUUUAGAGAGGGAAAUUCUUAUGGAGAAGUGUCGUUCCUUGAAAAUCGAGAACAGGUGGCUGAGUGCAAAGUUGGAGAAAAAGAGGAGUUGCAUGCUGAAACUAAUCGAGAAGAAGAAGUGGUUAGAAAAGAGGAACAAAAUCCACAAAGUCGCAUUAGACAAUCUCAAAAGGUAUCUCAGAGAACUCAGAUAGCAAUCAACAGAUGUAUUCAAAGUUGCUCUGUUCGUCGGUCUAAGGUCCGUUCCCAAGUUUAUCUCCCCUUGCAACAGACUGCUCUAGCAAUCAUCUCGGACUGAACAUUAGUCAAAUUAGAAACGACGUGGAGACGCCCGGGUUAAACUCUAAAGUGCCCAUGGCUGCCGAAUUACAUAUUCGAUCGUUUUGGCUAUAAAUUCUCUCACCACGAUUUUUAUUUUAUUGAGACUUCUUGCACAAAGAUACAGAACCAAACUAAUUUAUUUUUAAACGACGAAUUGUGAUAAGAAACAAAACAUCAUGACGCACCGCUUAGGGAUUUUUAUUUAUGGAUGUUUGCAUACUUUUUGUAAUUAAUUUUUGAAAUCCACGUGUCGUCGGUCGUAUAAUUACAGAAUCGUUAUUUUUAUAAAA